AUGCCACACUCUACCGAUAAAAGCACUGCGACCGCUCGACUCGGACAGAAGGAGAAUCACCGAACGGGAAAUGUUAGACGAUAUGCAACGUUUGAGAAAAACAAAGUUCAGAUGGCGUCGGUGGUUAUCGUGGGACCUACAACGUUAUCAGUCUCUCUUCGUACAGAUAGGUGUCACGUCGACGAGUUAGGGGGAGAACGAAUACUAAAGCGCUGGCAGUAG